GAUAACCCCAUCUCAUCCGCUCGAGGCCUGACAGACAGACAGGCAACGCCACUGCAAUUUUUGCCAUUGAGAUGAGCUCAUUGGAUGGGACAAGAGUCCGCGAGCGCCACUAACCCAAUCACUUUGAUCACUUGUAAACAUAAAACCGUCUACUCAUUUCUACUAACUCCCGAAGAACAGAAUCUACAUCCAGUUCAACCUCCCUCGCAGCAACACAAUGUCAGCUUUGCUCCUCACGAAGCGUUUUGAGGAAGAUAUCGGCUUGGCUGAAGAGAUCGAGAAUGUCCCCGUGAACAAGAAGACCAGCUUCAACGGGAGAUUGAACCAAUACUUCCACACAGCGAAGAACAUCGCCACCGAGCCUCCUACCCUCAAACCCACCACCACCACCACCACCAACAAUGCCUCGCAAGACCUCGCGACGACUCGCUCAAAACGUAAACUCUCCCCACCACCGCAACAACCAUAUCUAGAGAAUAGACCAGACGAGUCGAGCAUCUCCUCACCCUCCUCCAAGCGCCAACGCACAACAACCACCAUGCUACGUCGCACUUUCCCCUCGACAAACACAACCACAACCACAACACGAAUCACCCGCUCCUUCACCCGCUCCCGUUCCACCCCAUCCUCAGCACCAACCCCAUCUUCACUAUCACCAUCACCAUCACCCUCAUCCUCACCAUCCACAACCCCCAAAAGCACCACCACCAAUCCCCGCCACCGCCGCACCCGCACCCGCACCCCCAAACCCCCAACACCCCCCACCACCCCCAGCCUCCUCCGCGACACAAUCCCCAAAAACUUGGACCUCCUUCUCGUCGGCGUCAACCCCGGCAUCCUCACCGGCGUGACAGGCCAUGCGUACGCGCACCCCUCCAACCUCUUCUGGAAGCUGCUGCACUGGUCGGGGAUCACGGCGAUCCGGCACCCGCCGUCGGACACCUACGCGCUGCCGGGCUUGUACAACAUCGGGAACACGAACAUCGUGGAGCGGCCGACGCGGGACGCCAGCAUGCUCAGCCGGGCGGAGAUGGACGCGGGGGUGCCGGUGCUCGAGGCGAAAGUGGCGGCGCAGCGGCCCGCCGUCGUGUGUCUGGUCGGGAAGAGUAUCUGGGAGGCGGUGUGGCGGGUGAAGACGGGGCGCAGGAUCCGGAAGGAGGAGUUUCGGUACGGGUGGCAGGAUGAGGGGAUGAAUAUGGGGGCGGUCAUUUCGGGCGAUGAGGAUGGUGGUGGUGGUGGGUCGGGGCCGUCAUCGUCGUCAUCAGCAGGAGAAAAGAAUUGGCCUGGGGCGAGGGUGUUUGUGGCUACGACGACGAGUGGGUUGGCGGCUGGGAUGUCGGUGGCGGAGAAACAGGCUGUGUGGAAUGAGCUGGGGGUGUGGGUGAAGAAGCGCCGGGGGGAGAGGGAGGAGCAGCAGCAGCAACCAAAAGACCGUAGUGUUGAUGAGGAUAAUUCCAGUCAGGAUCAAUGACAACUAGAUAUAUAGAUCGAUCUAACCUUCAAUUACUAAAUCGAAAAA